AUGCCGGAGCUUCAUGUAGGUAUCUGUGGGGGAGGCAUUGGCGGUCUAGCGGCUGCCAUCGCCAUCCGGCGCGCCGGCUGCAAGGUCACCGUACUCGAGGCAGCGGCGGAGCUAGGUGAGAUAGGGGCCGGCAUACAGAUGACACCAAAUGUCGCCCGCCUGCUGAUGAGAUGGGGAACGGACAAAUAUAUCGGCGCCAACCUAGUCGAGUUCGAGGAGGUAUACCUACGAAGAAAGGAUGGGACCAAGGUUGGCUAUGCCCGGACGGUGCCUAAUAUACGGCGCAAUAUGUGCGGCGUGCCAUGGUGGUGCGUCCACCGCAUGCAUCUCCACAGCGGUCUCGCAGAAAGCGCGAAGGACCAUGGCGCCGAGAUCUGUAUUGACUCGCGCGUGGUCAAGAUUGACUGGCUGUCCUCGAAACAAGUACAGGUCACGACUGCACAAGGAAAGGAAUGGACAUUCGACCUGCUCAUCGGUGCCGACGGGUUGAGAUCCGUGGUGCGGAGCACCAUUCUGCCACACGUCAAACCUAGGCCUCCGACCAAGAACUGCGCGUAUCGCGCCAUCGUUCCCACUGAGGAGGUUGCCAAGGAUCCGGUUGCGAAGGAAUUGGUGGCGAAGGUGCAGAUGGACAUAUGGAUGAGCCCAGGGGCCUACAUUAUCUCCUAUCCGAUCUCAAACGGGAAAGACUUUAACAUGGUGGUCUCACAUCACAGGCCCAACUAUGUCGAAGAUGUGGAGGAUGUGGACAUGGACGAGUUUCGUACCGUCUAUCAGGAUUUCGACCCACGAAUCAAGAGAGUCCUGGACAUGGUGCCAACGACACGAAGGUGGCCUCUGCUCGUCACUGGCCCUCUAGAUACGUGGUCCACGCCACAGAAGAAUAUCGGCGACGCCGCACACUCGAUGGUCAACCACAUGGCUCAAGGCGCCGCGACAUCCAUGGAAGACGGCGCUUUCCUCGCGCUCACCCUGAAACGCGUGGCUGACGGGACUCUGACGUUAGCACAAGCAAUCGAGAUCUACGAGAAGACCCGGAUGCCACUAGCCUACAACAAGCAGCAGGUCUCCUUCAUCAACGGCUCCAUCUGGAUGAUGGAAGACGGCCCCGCUCAGCAAGCCCGCGACAAGGCCAUGGAGCCGGAGCUGAGGGGCGAGCAGCUCGUCCGCAGCCCGAACCUAUACUCGGACCCUUUCACAGCGCUCAGUAUCUUCGGGUACGACGCUGAGGCGGAUGCUGAGAAGGCCGUUGAGGCUUACUUGAAGAAGCAUGAGCCCUACAAUGCGACGACGGGCGUCACCGAUCGCGAGUGGGAGCGUUUCUAUGGAUAUUUUCACCCUGCUGGGAAUGAGGUCAUGGCGUCGAAGCUCUGA